UGCAGCUCCUGGGCAUAGAGCACUGGCUCAGUAAUUGUAGCAUUAACAACAAUUACUGUCCAUGGGAUUUACCAGGCAAGAAUACUGGAGUGGAUUGCCAUUUCCUUCUCUGGGGGGAUCUUCCUAACCCAGGGGUUGAACCUGAGUCUCCUACAUUGCAGGCAGAUUCUUUACUGCUGAGCCACCAGGGAAGCCCUGGGGAUGGCUGCUUGAAUUUAAAUGACUAGGUACUUUAACACUGUUUUCUUAUCUUGGACUUCAAUUCUUUCUUGUCAAUAUUUGUUAUAUUUUCAAUUCUCCAUAAUGGAGAAGACAGAAACAAAAGAAGUGUUGUGUAGCACAUCAUAGUUAAGCUUUGUCCUUAUUCUUCCUUUAUUAAUCACCUUGCCGUCAAUAAAGCCUAAAAGCCCCUCUAGGUUUUCUUAACUUCAGCAUCUUCCUAAGUCUCAGCUCAUUCUGGUCAUUCUCAUACCCUUCUUAUAAGUUCAUAUAGCACUUAUCAAAUUUACUAUCUGAAAAUAUUUAUUUGAUGUAUUUAUUAUCUAUUGACUGUUCCUAGCAUAUGCUGUGUUUCAGUGAUACUCCUUUUAAAAAAAAAAAAAAAUUAGUUAUAUACUUCUCCUACCUUUUGUCCAUUUCUUAACAUUUGUAUUUACCAAGUUUUUCCUUUUAAAGAUUAUCUAAUACCUAAUACUUAGCUGCAUUUAGCACCCAUUUUUAAAGGUUUCUGUCCCUUUAAAGGGUUUUUUUGUAAAAUAUGCCAAUAUACUAAUGUUUUUCUUGAUUUUAAAAAAAUGCUUCGCUUAAGUCUAAGGUAUAUGUAAACUGUCUCAAUUUUUCUAAUACUCUUAUGUACCCCAACAUGAUUUACAUCUGGUUGAAAUUACUAACAACUUCCUUCAUGUUGGUAUCAGUCCCUCUUUUUUUUUAAACUCCCUCACUAUCUGUAUCAUUUAUUCCAGGAACUUGAAUUGCUCUGAAAAUACUGGGUAUGCUAUUUCUGUUCAGGGUGGUUCAGCAUGAUUUUCACAGCAUUCAGGUGUGAACAUUUCAUUAACCCCAGCAGUCAAAGAAAUGCCUUAGGGAAUCCUAGUUUUCUCAGAACUAACUAGGUAACAAAUCAACAUUUCCACGUUUCCUUCCAUUUAUGGUUUAAAAGUCUUAUAUUCACACAUACACACACCCCUUUUAAUUCUUUUUCUCUAUUUCUUUAUACCUAUACCUUAAAAUACUUCAUCUCUUGCUUAUAUAUGACCCUCUGCUUUGCUAUUUACCUUUCUAUAAAUUGGGCUUCCCUGGUGACUCAGCUGGUAAAGAAUCUGGCUGCAAUGAGGGAUACCUGGGUUUGAUCCCUGCAUUGGGAAGAUCCCCUGGAGAAGGGAACGAAUGGCUACCCACUCCAGUUUUCUGGCCUGGAGAAUUUCAUAGACUGUAUAGUCCACGGGGUCACGAAGAGCCGAACAUGACUUGAGCGACUUUCACUUUCACUUUUCUAUAAAUAUUCACACACAUAAACUCCUGUUUAUGCUUUCUGUUUUAGUUUUCAAAAAAGAGAAAGAAAAAAUAAGAGACCAAAAGGGAAGGGGGAAGGAAAGAGGGAACAUAAGGACAGAAGGGAAAAGGGCCUGGACCAAAGCACUCGUACUGGGCCCUCUGCCACAGCGCUUGCACCCCGAGGGCUCACCCUUUCAUGCAAAUGCAUGGUCAACAACUCAGUCCUUAUCACAUCAACCGCUUAAAUGAGCAUUUUGCAGGUUAGAGCAGAUGGGGAAAAAGAAAUAGGAAAGUGAGUGAAUGAAUAUAAGUCAGAUUGUCUCCAAUCUCAGCUUUGUUUUCUAGAAGGUCCAUUCAGGACUGUUCGUGGUGAUCAUAUAGUCCUGAAUAUUUGCCUUGAACAUGAACACUCGAAGAGAACUUGAAUCACAGGACCGGGCCAUCGUCAAAAUAGCAGCUCAUUUACCGGACCUCAUUGUCUAUGGAGAUUUCUCUCCAGAGAGACCUUCUGUGGAUAAUUUUGAUGGAGUCUUGAUGUUUGUCGAUAUUUCAGGCAAGCACAAAAGGGAUGUUUAAUGUGGGUGAACAAUAGGUUUGCAUGAAAUCACAAACAGUGCUUGACUGCAGAGUAGGGGUGCUGUUUCCGAGUUUUUGUGCUGUUAUUGCAAAUAUUCCCACUGAGAAGACAGGAGGGAGGACCUGGCUUAUGGACCUGGCUCCCUCUCAUCUUCCUUUGCCUGGCAUGUCCAGUGAUGGGCAAAUCUUUAAGAUGCCUAAGUCCUGGGCCUGGUACUUCAGGCUCCAGUGUCCCUGUUCCAACUUCACUGACUCAGCCUCCAAGGCCUACACCAUCCCAGGCAAAAUUGACCUCUGGAAAUGAUCUCUCCGAUGUUAUUUACAGCUUAAGAGGAAACUUACCAUCUCUUCAGAAGUCAUAGAACUUUAUGUGUUUUCAUUAUCAUGAAAUGGAAGUUCUAUACCCAGUUAAAACUGAAGUCACCCCUGUUCAAGUUGGGAAGUUAGGAGGGAAGAGUUAUCUGGUGCCUUUCCUUGACCCCUAAGAUAAUAAAUAUAGAUAGAGGAGACCCACUAUCUGACACUUGGCCUGCCACAAAGAUCAUUUAAAAGAAACACCUGCCAGUUCUUAAAAGCUGAGGCCCAUUGCUAGCAAGUGUGGUCCUCUUCUCCUGACACUGUUUGGUUCCUCCAAGCACCCAAGGAAACAAGCUGCACAAUUGUUCCAGGUUUUACUGCAAUGACUGAGAAGUUCAGCACAGCCAUGUACAUGGACCGAGGAGCUGAGCAGCUGGUGGAAAUCCUCAACCACUACAUAAGUGCAAUAGUGGAGAAAGUGUUGAUUUUUGGAGGAGACAUCCUAAAAUUUGCAGGUGACGCACUGCUAGCCCUGUGGAAGGUGGAGCGAAAGCAGCUGAAAAACAUCAUCACAGUGGUAAUUAAAUGUAGCCUGGAGAUUCACGCAUUGUUUGAGACCCAGGAGUCUGAAGAAGGCCUGGAUAUCCGAGUCAAGAUAGGACUGGCUGCUGGCCACAUCAGCAUGUUGGUCUUUGGAGACGAAACUCGAAACUACUUUUUGGUGAUUGGUCAGGCCGUAGAUGACGUGCGCCUCGCACAGAACAUGGCACAGGUGAAUGACGUCAUUCUAUCCCCAAACUGCUGGCAGCUCUGUGACAGGAGCAUGAUUGAAAUUGAGAGGAUUCCAGAUCAGAGAGCAGUUAAGGUUAAUUUCUUAAAACCACCCCCUUCUUUUAACUUUGAUGAAUUUUUCACAAAGUGUAUGGCUUUCAUGGAUUAUUAUCCUUCUGGUGACCACAAAAACCUCCUGAGGCUUGCUUGCAUGCUAGAGUCUGAUCCUGAACUGGAGUUGUCCCUACAAAAGUAUGUGAUGGAAAGCAUAUUGAAGCAGAUUGAUGACAAGCAGCUUCGGGGCUAUUUGUCUGAGCUUCGCCCAGUGACAGUUAUGUUCGUGAACCUGAUGUUUAAGGACCAAGAUAAAGCAGAAGUCAUAGGCUCAGCUAUUCAGGAUGCCUGUGUGCACAUUAAUUCUGUCCUGAGGGUCUUCCAAGGCCAAAUCAACAAAGUCUUCAUGUUUGACAAGGGCUGCUCUUUUCUCUGUGUCUUUGGUUUUCCUGGGGAAAAGGCACCUGAUGAAAUCACUCAUGCCUUGGAGAGUGCUGUGGAUAUAUUUGACUUCUGCUCUCAGGUCCACAAAAUCCGCACUGUUUCCAUUGGCGUGACCAGCGGGAUUGUCUUCUGUGGAAUCGUUGGACACUCUGUGAGGCACGAGUAUACAGUCAUUGGUCAAAAAGUCAACAUAGCUGCCAGAAUGAUGAUGUACUAUCCAGGAAUCGUGACCUGUGACUCUGUCACCUACAAUGGCAGCAACCUACCAGCCUACUUUUUUAAAGAGCUUCCAAAGAAAGUCAUGAAAGGUGUUGCAGAUUCUGGACCAGUGUAUCAGUGUUUGGGCCUUAAUGAGAAAGUCAUGUUUGGGAUGGCAUACCUCAUCUGCAACAGAAAUGAGCGUUACCCUUUGCUGGGACGUGAGGAGGAGAUCAAAUACUUCAUGUGUACUAUGAAGAAAUUUUUGAUGUCUAACUGCAGUCAAGUCCUGAUGUACGAAGGAAUAUCGGGAUAUGGAAAAAGUCAGUUACUUGUGGAAAUUGAGUACCUGGCUCAAGGUGAGAACCACAGGACUAUUGCUAUCGUGUUGACUAAGAUCAGCUUCAAUCAAAAUUUUUAUACCAUCCAGAUACUCAUGGCCAAUGUACUAGGUCUGGAUACUUGCAAACAUUAUAAAGAACGACAGACUAACCUUCAAAAUAAAGUCAAGUCACUGUUGGAUGAAAAGUUCCAUUGUCUUCUUAAUGACAUUUUCCAUGUGCAGUUCCCUAUUUCACGGGAGGUUUCCAAGAUGAGCACCAUGAGAAAGCAAAAGCAGUUGGAGGCGUUGUUUAUGAAGAUCUUGGAGCAAACAGUGAAAGAGGAAAGGAUUAUUUUCAUCAUUGAUGAGGGCCAGUUUAUCGAUUCAGCCUCCUGGACCUUUAUGGAAAAGCUUAUCCGGUCUGUUCCCAUCUUCAUCAUCAUGUCCCUGUCUCCCUUUGUCAACACACCCUGUGCAGCUGCCGGUGCCAUAAUGAGGAACAGGAACACCACCUAUGUCACCCUUGGACCUGUGCAGCCUAAGGACAUCCUCAACAAAGUCUGCCUAGACCUCAGUGUCAAGGGCAUCCCCAAAGAACUGGACACGUAUCUGGCAGAGGGAAGCUGUGGAAUUCCGUUUUACUGUGAAGAAUUGCUUAAAAACCUAGACCAUCACAGGGUACUUGUUUUCCAGGCAAUGGAGUCUGAGGAAAAGACAAAUGUGACCUGGAAUAACCUGUUCAAGAACUUUGCUAAGCCAACAGAGGACUUAAAAACAUUUACUUUCGGUCUUGAGGAGGAAAAUGAAGAAGUCUGUAACCUCGCUAGUGGUGUCAGAUUGAAAAACUUGUCACCACCAGCAUCAUUAAAAGAAAUCUCUCUGGUCCAGCUGGAUAGCAUGAGCCUGUCCCACCAGAUGUUGGUGAGAUGUGCUGCUAUCAUUGGCCUAACCUUCACUACAGAGCUGUUGUUUGAGAUUCUCCCUUGUUGGGACAUGAAGAUGAUGAUCAAUGCCCUGGCAACCCUUGUGGAAUCCAACAUCUUUGAUUGUUUCCAGAAUGGCAAGGAGCUCCGAAUGGCCCUAGAAAAGAACGCAGCUUCAUUUGAGGUGAAUUAUCGAUCCCUUUCUCUGAAGCCACUCAUUGAAGAAAUGGACCAUGGUGAGGAGGAACAGCUCCGUGAGCUGGAAAGCGAGGUGAUUCAGUGCCACAUCAUUCGAUUCUGCAGCCCAGUGAUGCAGAAAACAGCCUAUGAGCUGUGGUUGAAGGACCAGAAGAAAGCGAUGCACUUGAAAUGCGCCCGCUUUCUGGAAGAAAACGCCCACAGGUGUGAGCCCUGCCGAAGUGGAGACUUCGUCCCCUUUCAUCACUUCGCAGUGGAUAUCCGGCUCAACACCUUGGACUUGGAUACCAUUAGGAAGAUGGCUAAGUCCCAUGGAUUUCGAACUGAAGAAGAGAUCACUUUUUCAAGAACAGAGACUUCUAAGAAAUCUGAAAUAUUUUCUGAAAAUCUCAGUUCUGAAGAAAUAAGAGAAAAGAUCUUGAGUUUCUUUGAUAACAUUAUAACAAAAAUGAAGAUGUCUGAAGAUAACGUCAUCCCUUUGGAAUCGUGCCAGUGUGAGGAGAUCCUAGAGAUUGUCAUCAUGCCUCUGGCUCACCAUUUUCUUGCUUUGGAAGAAAACAACAAAGCCUUAUAUUACUUCCUAGAACUUGUGUCUGCUUAUCUCGUCUUGGGUGACAACUAUAUGGCUUAUCUAUAUUUGAAUGAGGGAGAGAGGUUGCUGAAAAUUCUCAAGAAGGACAAAUCUUGGAGUAAAACUUUUGAAUGGGCCACCUUUUUUACCCUCAAAGGUCAGGUCUGUUUCAACAUGGGCCAGAUGGUGCUUGCCAAAAAAAUGCUGAGGAAGGCUCUGAAGUUCCUCAAUAGAAUCUUUCCUUACAACUUAAUCUCCUUGUUUCUCCAAACUCGGGUUGAAAAAAACAGACACUUUCAUUAUGUGAAUCAGAAUCAACAGGCCCAAGAGAGCUCACCCCCAGGGAAGAAGAGGCUGGCACAGCUUUACCAGCAAACCACUUGUUUCUCCUUGCUGUGGCAAAUCUAUAGCUUGAAUUUCUUUUUCCACUACAAGUAUUAUUGUCACCUGGCAGCUCUGAUGCAAGUGAAUACUGCACUGGAAACUCAAGAGGAUUUCCAGAUCAUUAAGGCCUACCUGGACUAUUCGCUGUACCAACAUCUCGCUGGCUACCAGGACGUGUGGUUCAAAUACGAGGUCAUGGCCAUGAAGCAGAUCUUCAACCUCCCCCUGAAACGCGAGGGCGUUGAAAUCAUGACCUAUGUGGCCGAUAGGCUUGGUUAUAUCAAGCUCCUAAUGGGUCACUUGGACUUGGCCAUUGACUUAGGUUCUCGAGCCCACAAGAUGUGGUCAUUGCUUCGGAAUCCCAAUAAACACUAUCUGGUCCUCUGCUGGCUUUGUAAAUCCCUCUUCUUGAAAAACAGAUACAAGCAGCUGAUCCAGGUUCUGGGGUGGCUGUGGGAUCUUUCUGUAGCAGAAGAGCACAUCUUCAGCAGGGCGUUUUUCUAUUUUAUUUGCUUGGAUCUCAUGCUUUAUUCUGGCUUUGUUUAUAGACCCUUUGAAGAGUGUUUGCAAUUCAUACACCAAAAUGAAGACAACAGACUCCUCAAAUUCCAAAGUGGAAUGCUCCUGGGACUUUACUCAUGUAUCGCUAUCUGGUAUGCCCGACUUCAGGAAUGGAACAGCUUUCAUGUAUUUUCCAAUAGAGCCAAAAAUCUUGUGUCGAGAAGAACCCCAACAGCUCUUUACUGCAUAAGCAUCAGUAGGUACAUGGAAGGACAAGUUCUCUACCUUCAAAAGCAAAUUGAAGAACAAUCAGAGAAUGCUCAAGACACUGGAGUUGACCUACUCAAGAACUUGGAGAAUCUGGUGGCUCAAAACACCACUGGGCCUGUCUUCUACCCAAGACUCUACCAUCUGAUGGCCUAUGUCUGUAUACUAAUGGGAGAGGGGCAGAAUUGUGACCUCUUCCUGAACACAGCCUUACAGUUCUGUGAAACUCAAGGGAAUGUGCUGGAGAAAUGCUGGCUGAACAUGAGCAAAGAAUGGUGGUACUCAAACUCUGAGUUAACAGGAGACCAAUGGCUUCAAACACUCUUGAAUCUCCCAUCAUGGGAAAAAGUUGUAUCAGGCAAGGUAAACAUACAGGAUAUUCAGAAAAACAAAUUCCUGAUGAGAGUUAAUAUUCUGGACAAUCCUUUCUAAUCUUUCAUGGAAGAGAACAAAGAUUUUAAUGACUCAUUCUCUUGUGAUUAUCCAUUAUUAACUUUUCUGUAUAGGCAGCAUCUUCCAGGUUCCUGAAUACUUCCUUCUGUUCAGACACAGAACCAAACCUCAGGUUUCUCCUCGGUCUGGAGGGUCAGAGAGGGUUGGCAGUGUCAUGCUUUCCUUUCUUCCAGCUUUGCACAAAUUCCCUUUGCCUUUAAUGCUGUUUUAGCUUAUCUUGUUUAUUUUCAGCCCAUGCAGAAUUGUAUCAGAUCGAAAAAUUUUAGUAUCAAAAUGAUACAUUUUGUGGCAGAUAGGCUUAUAUGUAAUCUAUUAAACUGAAAACAGUUAUUUUUAAA